AUGAAGGUGGUGGUGGAGAAUUUGACAGGAACUCUCUUCUAUGUUCAAGUGGGCAACAAGGCCACUGUUGCUGAUCUGAAGCGGGAAAUCGAAGCCCAACAGAAGCUCCCUUAUGACCGUCUGAUCUUCAUUCUUGACACUGAUGAUGAUCAUGAUCAUCAUCGUAGCCAUCUCAUCAAAGAUGAUGUAGAUGGGGUUUUGCUCGUUGAUUAUGGAGUCCAAGAUGGGUCCCAUGUAUAUAUGUUUGUCAAUCCCCUUGAUGAUGGGUCCACUGACCACCCUUUCGAGUUUAACUGGUCCGAUUCUGUAUUGGGUUAA